AUGCUUUAUGGCCCGCACUAUAAUAUCGGAGUCUGUGCCGAGCGCCCGGGGGGGGGCCUCACCACGGGGGGGGAGUGGGGGUGGGGGGGAAACCCGGGGGGCAAGGGACAACACCACACUGGGGGGGGGGGCGAGGAGUGCCCUUACAGCAAGAAGGGCCACUCAGACUUGUUCAUCAGACUUUACCUGGGGGCGACAAACGAGAUGUAA